AUGGCUAAGACAAAGGCUGCCCAAGUUGAGAAGCAGUCAAAAAGUAGAAAGGAAAGGGAUGGUCCAAGUCCUGGUGCAGCAAGUUCCACAGACCUUGUGAAGACAACAGGACCAAAAGAGAAACUUAGGAGCACAACGAAGAAUGAGACCACUGGGACGAAGAAUGUAGAGAAGAUGAAGGCAACAACAUCCAAGGAGGAUGGGACCACGAAGAUGAUGGAUGCAGAGAAGGCAAAGGUGAAGGAAUCCAAGAAGGAUAAGACUAGUGAGACGAAGGAUGUAGAGAAAACGAAGGUAAAGACAUCCAAGAAAGAUGAGACCAGUGAGAAGAAGGAUGCAGAGAAGACGAAGGAAAAGACAUCCAAGAAGGAUGAGACCAGUGAGAAGAAGGAUGCAGAGAAGACAAAAGCAGAGGCAUCCAAGAAGGGCACAAAGGAUGCAGAGAAGACAGCAGAGGCAUCUAAGAAGGACAAGACCAGUGAGAAGAAGGAUGCAGAGAAGACGAAGGCAGAAGCAUCCAAGAAGGACAAGACCAGUGAGAAGAAGGAUGCAGAGAAGACGAAGGCAGAAGCAUCCAAGAAGGACAAGACCAGUGAGAAGAAGGAUGCAGAGAAGACGAAGGCAGAAGCAUCGAAGAAGGACAAGACCAGUGAGAAGAAGGAUGCAGAGAAGACAGCAGAGGCAUCCAAGAAGGACAAGACCAGUGAGAAGAAGGAUGCAGAGAAGACGAAGGCAGAAGCAUCCAAGAAGGACAAGACCAGUGAGGAGAAGGAUGCAGAGAAGACGAAGGCAGAAGCAUCCAAGAAGGACAAGAAGGAUGUAGAGAAGACCUCAGAGACAUCCAAGAAGGACAAGACCAGUGAGAAGAAGGAUGCAGAGAAGUCGAAGGCAGAAGCAUCCAAGAAGGACAAGACCAGUGAGAAGAAGGAUGCAGAGAAGACGAAGGCAGGAGAAUCCAAGAAGGAUGAGACCAGUGAGAAGGAAGCAGAAAAGACGAAGGCAAAGGCAUCCAAGCAGGACAAGAAGGAUGUAGAGAAGACCUCCGAGGCAUCCAAGAAGGACAAGACCAGUGAGAAGAAGGAUGCAGAGAAGACGAAGGCAGAAGCAUCGAAGAAGGACAAGACCAGUGAGAAGAAGGAUGCAGAGAAGACAGCAGAGGCAUCCAAGAAGGACAAGACCAGUGAGAAGAAGGAUGCAGAGAAGACGAAGGCAGAAGCAUCCAAGAAGGACAAGACGAGUGAGGAGAAGGAUGCAGAGAAAACGAAGGCAGAAGCAUCCAAGAAGGACAAGAAGGAUGUAGAGAAGACCUCAGAGACAUCCAAGAAGGACAAGACCAGUGAGAAGAAGGAUGCAGAGAAGACGAAGGCAGGAGAAUCCAAGAAGGAUGAGACCAGUGAGAAGGAUGCAGAAAAGACGAAGGCAAAGGCAUCCAAGAAGGAUGUGACCUUUGAGAAGGAAGGAGAAGAUAGCAAGAGCAGUCAGAAGGCUGAUGCCCAGAAUGCAUCUGCAGAACCGAACAGCUGUGGAGGAUCGAUCACAGAUAAGAAGGAGAAGAAAGAGAAAAAGGAAAAGAAGGAAAAGAAAACUAAGAAAUGUAAGACAGGUGAUGUGGAGGAGGGCGGCACGAAGCAGGAGAAGAAAGACGACACACAUGUCGCACCUGACUCCACUGGAGGAGACAAAGCAAAGAAGGAAACACAUCCAGUUGUUGCCAAGGCAUCAGAGGCAACAGCUGACAACAAGAAGAAGGAUGCAGGAGAGAUGAACACACUAGCACUUGCAAAGAAAAAUGACCAAAACAAGAUAAAAAGUCCAGCAAGUGAUACUUCAACGACAGCAAGCAGUGACCAGAGUGGGAAUGUGAACAAAAAUCGAAAGACACUUGCAAUCUUGGAUGCCCCCAAGCGGGGUCACAACGGUGCCCCUACUGGACACACUCCAGAAAAGAAGAAGCUGAGGUUUGAUGAAGAAGUUUAUGAGGAAAAUGAUGAGGACUUGUCUGGCGAGAGUUGCGAUGAGGACCUUCCAAGUCCCCCACUGACCAGCAGCAGUCCUGCUGGCACUGUUGCAUCUGAGGUGACCAAGCUGCAGCUCUACAAGCUCUACGGGAAAUCCAAGGAGUCGAAGGCUUUCAUUGCUGAGCUCACCAAGGGACAGGCCGGUGUUCCACACCCACAAGCCCCCAACAAUCAAGCUGCUCGAAUGUUCAAAGUCCUCAAGGAAGUUGCUGAAGUAACUUCCUCGGGCACAAAAGGCGAGACGGAGAUCAAAGUUGGCGGACGAGUCCGCAGUGCGUCCAUGAAAGAGAUGGUUGCAAAGCAGUUGAAGACUGGGUUCGAUAGUUUAGAGGGUCAACCCAUGAUGGAUCUUAAGACUGGGGCAAUCAAGAGCAAGAAAUGCAAGAAAGAACGAAGUGCGGAACAGACGGCUUCGUCAGACCUCAAGCAGUUUGUUUCGAAGUUGAAGAAAUGCGUCAAUGGCCUGCCUGUCACAAUUGCAGAGAUGGAAGCUAUGAAUCUGCGAAAUUCCGAUGAGCUUGUGAAUGUGCUUCGACAACACGUAUCAACUUUGCCGGAAUUAUUCGGUGAAGCCAGCGACAUGGCAAACAAGCCUUUGUCUGAGAUCAUCCCCGAAGAGGUAGGUGAAUGGUUAGAUGUAAAGAAACCCAUGUUAAAUGUAGUUGAAGUGGAUUGGCGUGAUGCCAAGCGUCGCAUCAAUGCAGCAAAGGGUCCCAAGAAGAGGGCACCAGCUGGUGAUGCGGACAAAGAGCCUGAUCACAGCGGCAGUUCUUUCGGUGGUUCUGAUGAGGAAGAUUGA